UAUCGGUGGCGAUAGAUAUAUUAACUAUAACAAUCAGCUACAAAAAUGGUGUUGGAAGCAACGAUGAUAGCAAUCGACAACUCGGAGUACAUGAGAAAUGAGGACUAUCCCACCUCUCGGUACGAAGCUCAAUUGUCGGCCACAGAGUAUAUUUUCCAAAACAAGGUCAACUCCAAUCCUGAAAACACCGUUGGAUUAUUGGCAUACGGAGGCAAUGGCCCCGAGGUUUUGAGUACCUUGACCACCGACUUUGGAAAGAUUCUUUCCGGAGCCCAUGAAACUAAGGUCCAUGGGGGAAGUCACUUCUCCAGUGGAAUUCAAGUAGCUGCUUUGGCGUUGAAGCACCGUCAGAACAAAGUGCAAAAUCAGAGAAUCAUAGUGUUUGUUGGGAGUCCCAUCACCGAGAGUGAAAAGGACUUGGAGAAGUUGGCCAAGAAGAUGAAGAAAAACAACAUUGCCAUCGACGUGGUGAAUUUUGGAGAAGAGUCCAUCAACACCUCCAAGUUGGAGAAAUUCAACAAUGCCAUAAAUAACCAUGACAAUUCACAUCUUGUGACAAUUCCGCCUGGCCCCAGGUUGUUGUAUGAAAUCGUGGCUACGUCACCUAUAUUGAUGGAGGAAGGCUACGACAUGGACAAUGGUGAUUUGGGUGGUGGCAUGGAUGGUUUCGGUGGAGGUGACUUGAUAGAUCCUAACAUGGACCCGGAUUUGGCGUUGGCCUUGAGGCUCUCGUUGGAAGAGGAGAGGGCCAGACAGGAGAGGGAAGCCUUGGAGCAGGAGAAGGCCGAAAAGCCCGAGUUGGACAAGAUAGAUGAAGACCAAUAGGGAGAGAAUCACGAGAUUACAAGAGAGAUCGAUAGUCAAAGGGUGCGUUAGAGAAGACCCCUGGGCUAAAGCCUCAUGAUUAAUAUAACAUUCACACUUUAGCUGUAUCACUGUAGCUCUAUAUACCGCAGCGAAAAAUCCACUUUAAUCUUUGCCAAUGCUCAGCAGAAGUAACAAAAAGAGGACUCCAGAAGCCCAUAUCUCGGGUGAAAAAGGAGGCCAUCCAGUCACUUUCAUUGCUCCAUAUAAGGAGAGUGUGAUCAGCCCGAUUGAAAUGACUAAAGCCCAUUUUUUAGAUGCUUAUUCGAAAGUAUGCGUUUUUGCAGCCGAGUCCACAAAACCAAAUUCAUACUAACAGCAACCAGGGAAAAUGGAAUUUGUCAGAAAUCCCCAAGCCCAAGUGCGUUGGGGACGUUCGCUUCAUGAAACCACCUGAAUGUUAUAUCGAGUCGAGCCGGGCCAAGGUUGUAAAUGAAUAUACUAACUUGAAGCAGUGGGACGAAAAACCCAUCUUCAAGAAAAUCAUCAGCCGGGCUAGAAAGCAGUUCAACGUUAGCGGCGUCAGCAUAUCCAUCGUCAACUCCAAGAAAGUGGUGUUCAAGUAUGAAAGCUUGUUGAAUGCCAGUGAAGUUUCUAGACCUGCAUCCAUUGACGGGCAUGCAAUUGUUUCACAAGACUAUUUCUUGUUAUUGGAUGCAUCCAAAGACUGGAGAACCACCAGCAACCCGUUCGUUGAUGGGAUUCCUUAUAUCAGGUUUUACUGCGGAGUUCCUUUAAUGGCGGCCAAUAGAAAAGACAUCGUUGGUGUGGUGGCCAUAUUCGACUCCUUCCCCAGAAAGAGUUUCAGCAACGAAAGUAUCACCAUCUUGAAACAGCUUAGCAGUGAGAUAACACAGGUGCUCAAUACUCCCAUUGAGGAUAUGUCCUUAAAGUACAAAAAUGUUAGAGCCAACUCCAAGUAUUCCACAGCCAGGUACGACGAGAAAAUGACCGAAUUGCAUGAAUUGCAAAUUAAGUUAGGAAGAGCCACCUCUAGAGGUUCGUUAAUGACAGUGUUUGAAAAAGAUGGGCCAGGUGGUCCGUAUUCCCAGAACAACAACUUCAAGUUCUUGACAAAGUUGACGGACGAGGCUGAACAAGAAGAAUUUGUCAAUAACAACAGCUUAUUUGAAAAGCUUAUGAAGACGGGGACCAUCAAAAGAGCAUCCAACUUGUUAUGUAAAAUCUUGAGUGUCAACUAUAAAGCCGAUUUCGUUUAUAUCUUGGAGAUUCGGAUUGCUGAGAGCUAUGAGAUCGAAUCCAAGUACUUCCCCAAAGAAAAUAAAAUCGAAAGCGACAGCUUUGCGUAUGCCAACAAGCUCGUCAAGAGGCCAUCUGAUAAAAACGAGUUUAUGUCUCGGAUCAUGGGAUGUUAUGGGUCUACCCAUACGUCUUUGAACUUUGAAAACUUAAUUCACCACAAAUGUUUUGAAGCCGAGUUUGGCAUCCAUUACAAGACCAAAACCAAUAGCUCCAUUUAUAACGUGGGAGUUUUGAUGCCCUUUUAUAGACACAGUUCCAAGAUGGUGAGACAGAAAAAAUUGAGAUCACUCAAGGGAGACAAGAAUCCCAAAACGGCUCUUUUCCUCCGGUCGGGAGGGUAUAUUGUAGGACUUUUCAACAAGGAGGGUGAGAAGAAGUUUGACGACCAGACGAUCUCAAAGGUGUUCAACAAUGUGCUGGUGAUGCGGAAACUUUAUAUCAGUGGGUGAACCCGUCUAUAGUGUUUAAAUCUCACAUUCCAAGCUCGUUCAUGGCUGCUAACUCAGCAUCAUGGUCAUCCUGGAGCUGAAACUCCAGAGGGUCAGGGUUGAUGUCUGCAGCCAGAAGAAAUUGGUCGUUAUCGGAAAAGUCAUCGUCAGAGAGCGUAGGGG